CUUUUACAAAAUUUCCAGCAUGGGUUUCAGCCGCUAUGUUGAGAUUGGGCGUGUUGCCUACAUUGCAUACGGCCCCGACAAAGGCAAACUUGUGGCUAUUGUAGAUGUCAUCGACCAAAAUAGGGCACUUGUAGAUGGCCCAUGCAGUGGAGUAGGCAGAAAACAGAUGAACUUUAAGAUGCUCCACCUCACCAAAUUGAAAAUAGAUAUCAGUUAUGGCGCACGUGUUGGUACAGUCACCAAGGCCUGGAACAAGGCUGAGAUCACAAAGAAGUGGGAAGAAUCCACUUGGGCUAAAAAGAUUGCCAACAGAGAAAAGCGAGCCGCUAUGACUGACUUCGACAGAUUCAAACUGAUGAAGGCCAAACAAACUCGCAACCGUUUGGUGAACAUUGAGUUUGGAAAACUCCGAGCUAAGGCCAAGAAAGACCCAAAGAAACCAAGGGUUAACAAGAAGCCAAGCAAGAAAUAAACUCUGGUUUUACUGUAUCAAUAAUGUGAAAAAAAUAUAAAAAAGACUCUACCAUAUAUUUAUGGAAA